CCGGUCUGUUCCGGGUGACCAUGGAUUUCCUGUUGGGCGGCGCGGCCGCCUGCGGCGCGUGCCUCUUCACGAACCCGCUGGAGGUGGUGAAGACGCGCAUGCAGCUGCAGGGCGAGCUCCAGAGCCACGGCUCGUACCGCGUGCACUACCGCAACGUGUUCCACGCCUUCUACACCAUCGGCAAGGUGGACGGGCUCGCGGCGCUGCAGAAGGGGCUCGUGCCGGGUCUCGUAUACCAGCUCUUCAUGAACGGCGUGCGCCUGGGCUCCUACGCGCUCAUGGAGGCGUCGGGCUACAUCCACGCGGACGGCCGGGUCAGCGCGAUCAGGAGCACGGCGGCCGGGGCCGUGGCGGGCGUCGUGGGCGCCUUCAUGGGCAGCCCCAUCUACCUGGUGAAGACACACCUGCAGAGUCAGUCCACAUCCUCCAUAGCUGUGGGGCACCAGUACAAACAUCAGGGGAUGCGUCACGCCCUAAUGGCCAUCCACAGGGAGCAUGGCAUUCUGGGGCUGUGGAGGGGCUCCAGUGCAGCCUUACCCAGGGUCAGCAUUGGGUCUGCUGCUCAGCUGUCCACUUUCUCUGCCUCCAAGGAGCUCAUUUCUGACCUCCAGGUGUUUGCCAAAGACAGCUGGCUGGUGGGCCUCAGCGCAGGCAUGAUCAGCAGCAUGGUGGUGGUUCUGGCCAUGACGCCCUUCGACGUGGUCAGCACCCGGCUCUACAACCAGGCUGUGGAUCACACGGGCAAGGGAAUGCUCUACCAGGGUUUUCUGGACUGUUUCUCCAAAACCCUGAAGAAGGAGGGUCUCAUGGGUCUCUACAAGGGGCUCGGCGCCUCAUACUUCCGCCUGGGUCCCCACACCAUCCUGUCAUUGCUCUUCUGGAACGAGCUGCGCAAGAUCUACCGCCUGUACAGGCCGGCACAAGGUGCUCCACCGUAACAGUCCAUGGUGCAGAUGGGUCAAAACAAAAGCUGCCUGCAUUUGCAAAGAAGCUGGAGUUACUGUAAAGAAACAGCGGGCAAAGUGACGCAAGGAAUGUCCCCCAGAGGCGCCCAGCUGAAAUGUGCAGGCUGGUGGGACCCUCCAUUUACCCACAUCCACAGUGUCCAUUGCAAUCAGUCUCCUUGGUAGCCUCUUAGUUGUAGAUGAGUCACGCAACUCGGCUUGAACGCAAGGUAGGAAAUCUAGGAUUUGGUCAGCUGAGUCCCUGGGGGGCAACAUGACCCCUCCCCAACCUUUAAUUAACCAGCUCAUCAUUCCAUGCAUGCAGUCACCCUAGAUGCGCUCUUGUUCAUUCCUGUACAGGGAGCAGAGAAUGGAAAAGCUGUAGGGCCAAUGAAAUUGGUCUAAUAAUACAGGCAGGCCCCAGAUUACAAACGAGUUCCAUUCCUAAGUCUGUCUUAGUUGAAUAGUUGUGGAUUUCAUCGGAACACAGCCUUUUGCAUGCUCCAUUGUUUUUGUUUUGUACUUUAAAAUUGUCCUGAUCGUUGACCGUCUGUAGCCUAACGCUUUUCCAAUGUUUGUUGGUGUUUCACCUUUUUCCGAUUGCUUUACUAUUUCCGCUUUAGUUUCAAUGAUGAUUGUUUUCCUUUUCUUUGAUGCAUCACGAUCACUUGCAUCACAUUUACACUUUAUCAUGGUUAUGGGGGUAAAAAUGAAAGUCAAAUACAGUAGGACACGAGACACUGUUAAGAUCAAUGUGCUCCAACUGAAAAGAAGGAAGUCUUUGUCCUACCUCAGGCUGAUGAGUCAAUGAAUCGCUGCAGGCGUGCAAUGUUUUGAUGCGCGUCGCAAAGUAGCACCUAUUUGUUAUUACAAACCAUUGUAUGUAACUCGAAUUUUUAAUAUAAUAAGCUUUACGGGGAGUGGUUCGCAACUAUCGGUUGCACGCAAGUCAGAUGUUCGUAACCCAGGGACUGCCUGUAAAUAACUUGAUUAAUUGAUGGGGGGAAGAAGACACUGCAUUCACAAACAUCCAAACGGUUUUAGGUAAAAUCAAGUUUUUUUUUGUCAUGAAGAUUAAGUGGUAGGGGAAGAUGGAGGAUCUAAAAGUCAUGAACUUGACGCGAGUCUCCUGGACCUGGUGACAUUGAGUGAAGAUGAGAACCACUUUUUCUGGUACCAUGAGGGCAUCCGCUCUGCCCUAAACGUAUGAUUUCUGCACAUUCUAUCUUCCCAUUACACUCUCAGCAGCUAAUUUUAUCAUGAAAUCAUUAAAAACUAUAUUAAUGACCUAACUGAAUUUACUCACACAAGGCCUAUAUUAAAUUUACU